UAUCCUGGUGUAACCUCAAUUUCUACAGGCUUGCUUGGGAAAACGGGCAAAGAGACAGACGGGGAGAGAUGCACACAUUGACAUUGCUACUUGCAGCACUGCAUACGACUAGUAAAAGUGGUAACUAGGGGAGCAUGACUUAACUAGUUGUGGUGAAAAUUAUGGGAUGGAUUGUCAUGGCAACAGACCAGACGUCACAAUCUGGGCAUGUGUGUUCCAGUUUUGUCUCUUUCUUAUUUUCAGACUGGAGGACUUGGAUAGAGAAGAGUGUAAAAGGAAAUACAUGUUUUCCUACAAAAAGAGGGAAGUCAUCAUUCUUGAAAAUAUACAGACAUACAUUUUAUUUACACAAGACCCAAAUAAUUAUUUUCGGGGAGGCAAUACGAGGUGAACAGUGGCGUUUUGAGGGUUAACUUUCAGUUAAUUCUCAGGCAAGAGGUUUUUUGGUAUGCGAUAAAGAUGCCUGGGUCGUUAAGCAAUGAAGACGAGGGACAAGAGGACAUGGAUUUUGAAGACGAAAUACCAGAUGAGGAUGAGGAUGGUCAACGUAACACUGUCCCGCUCACACCUCUGGACAGCUUUUUCACUGACAACGACUCCCUCAAACAACAGAAGAAGAAGAAACCCAAAAAGAUGAAGGAGGGCAAGAUGCCCAAAGUCAAGAAGAGGAAAAAGGAGGGAGGAGGAGGUGGGGGAGUAGGAGGUGGUGGCAGUGACUUGAAGGAGCAGAUCCCCGAGCGGGAGGAUGACCGUCCACUGCAGGGUCCAGAGAUUGGCUCAGAGAGCGAGAGCAGCACCUACGCCCCUACAACAAAGAAGAAGAAGAAACCUAAGGAUAAGAAAGAGAAGAAACCCAAACGGAAGAAGAGAGAAGAGGAGGAGGAGGAUGACGAUGAUGAUGAUGAUGAUGAUGACGAAGAUGAUGAAAAUAAUAAGGAGCCCAAGUCGUCCAGUCAGCUGAUGCAGGAGUGGGGUCUGGAGGAUGUGCAGUAUGGCUUCACAGAGGAGGACUAUACAACCCUCACCAACUACAAGGCCUUCAGCCAGUUCCUCAGGCCACUUAUUGCCAAGAAGAACCCUAAGAUCCCCAUGUCAAAGAUGAUGACAGUGUUAGGGGCCAAGUGGCGAGAGUUCAGCGCUAACAACCCCUUCAAAGGCACCUCUGCAACUGCUGUGGCUGCUGCGGUGGCUGCUGCCGUGGAAACGGUCACCGUUGCCUCACCCACCUCUGUCAAAGAGAUCACUACACUGUCAAGCUCUCAGCCUGGGCAAAUCAGAAAAGCCAAAACCAAAGAGGGAAAGGGGCCUGGGGUUCGACGGAAAACAAAGACUGUAAAGGAGGUAAAGAAGAAAAGUAAAGGGAGGAAGACCAAAUCAAAGAAGAAAGCAUCCUCGAGUGAGGAGGACUUUGGGCUGGAGGAGUCGGACUUUGAUGAUGUCAGCAUCCAUAGUGCCUCGGUGCGCUCUGAUACCUCAGGGAAUGCCAAGAAGAAAGCCCGGAAGGGUCGGAAAAAAAGGAAAAGAGAGGAUGGGGAUGGCUAUGAGACAGACCACCAGGACUACUGUGAGGUGUGCCAGCAGGGAGGGGAGAUCAUCCUGUGUGACACCUGUCCCAAAGCCUAUCACCUGGUGUGUCUGGACCCUGAGCUGGAGAAAGCUCCCGAAGGCAAGUGGAGCUGCCCCCACUGUGAGAAGGAGGGCAUCCAGUGGGAGGCCAAAGAUGAUGACGAUGAGGAAGAGGAGGUUGCGGUUGAGGAAGAGGACGACCACCUGGAGUUCUGCAGAGUGUGUAAAGACGGAGGGGAGCUGCUGUGCUGUGACACCUGCCCCUCCUCCUACCAUAUCCACUGCCUCAACCCUCCACUGCCUGAGAUACCCAAUGGGGAGUGGCUGUGCCCACGCUGCAUGUGCCCACCUCCAAAGGGGAAGGUACAGAGAAUUCUCCACUGGAUUUGGGGGGACCCCCCCUUACCAACUGAAGUGCCCCCUGGCCCCGAUGGAGAGACUGUGGACCCGCUGGUAAAACCCCCCCUGAAAGGCCACCCGGAGAGGGAGCUGUUUGUCAAGUGGGCUGGUCUCUCCUACUGGCACUGCUCCUGGGUCAGUGAACUGCAGUUGGAGCUGUACCACGCGGUGAUGUACCGUAACUACCAGAGGAAGAACGACAUGGACGAGCCCCCUCCGUACGACUACGGCUCUGGGGAGGAGGAGCUGAACAACGAGAAGAGGAAGAGUAAAGACCCAGAGUACGCUGCCAUGGAGGAGAGAUUCUACCGCUACGGCAUCAAGCCAGAGUGGAUGGUCAUCCACAGGAUCCUCAACCACAGUUAUGAUAAGGAUGGGGAUGUGCACUACCUGAUCAAGUGGAGAGACCUGCCCUAUGACCAGUGCACCUGGGAGGUAGAUGACUUUGACGUCCCUGAGUAUCACAACGCCAAACACUCCUACUGGGACCACAGGGAGCAGAUGAUUGGUGACGACCAGCGCCCUUUAGUGGUGAGAAAGGGAAAGAAGGGCAAAGAGGAGGAGAAGAGGAGGGAGAGAGAAAUCCCUCCUAACGCUCCAAUCAUAGAUCCUACCAUCAAGUUUGAACAUCAACCGUGGUACAUCAAUGCCACUGGGGGAACCCUACACCCGUACCAGCUGGAGGGGUUGAACUGGCUGCGGUUCUCUUGGGCACAGGGCACAGACACUAUCCUGGCAGACGAGAUGGGCCUGGGCAAGACUGUCCAGACCAUCGUGUUCCUCUACUCACUCUACAAGGAGGGUCACUCCAAAGGGCCAUACCUGGUCAGUGCCCCCCUGUCCACCAUCAUCAACUGGGAGAGGGAGUUUGAGAUGUGGGCCCCAGACUUCUACGUGGUGACCUACACUGGGGACAAAGAAAGCCGGGCGGUCAUCCGGGAGAACGAGUUCACCUUCGAGGACAGUGCGGUCAAAACAGGCCGCAAGGUCUUCCGUAUGAAGAAAGACACGGCCAUCAAGUUCCAUGUGUUGCUGACGUCAUAUGAGCUAAUCACCAUCGAUCAGACCAUUCUGGGCUCCAUUAACUGGGCCUGUCUAGUGGUGGACGAGGCCCACAGACUGAAGAACAACCAGUCAAAGUUUUUCAGAAUUCUCAAUGGGUAUAAGAUCUACUAUAAGCUGCUACUGACUGGCACUCCUCUGCAGAACAACCUGGAGGAGCUGUUUCACCUGCUCAAUUUCCUCACCCCAGAGAGAUUCAAUAACCUGGAGGGGUUCCUGGAGGAGUUUGCAGACAUCUCCAAGGAGGACCAGAUCAAGAAGCUGCAUGACCUGCUGGGCCCACACAUGUUGAGGAGACUGAAGGCUGAUGUCUUCAAGAACAUGCCUUCCAAGACAGAGCUCAUCGUACGAGUGGAGCUCAGCCCCAUGCAGAAGAAGUACUACAAGUUUAUCCUGACGCGGAACUUUGAGGCGCUCAACUCCAAGGGCGGGGGCAACCAGGUGUCCCUGCUCAACAUCAUGAUGGACCUGAAGAAGUGCUGCAACCACCCCUAUCUGUUCCCCGUGGCAGCCGUGGAGGCACCAGUGUUACCCAAUGGCUCUUAUGAUGGGAACCAGCUGGUCAAGUCCUCAGGCAAACUCACCCUGCUCCAGAAGAUGCUGAAGAAACUCAAAGAUGAAGGACACAGAGUUCUCAUCUUCUCCCAGAUGACUAAGAUGCUGGAUCUGCUUGAGGACUUUCUGGAAUACGAGGGCUACAAAUACGAACGCAUUGAUGGAGGCAUCACAGGGGGACUACGACAGGAGGCUAUCGACCGCUUCAACGCACCGGGUGCUCAGCAGUUCUGCUUCCUCCUCUCCACCCGAGCUGGAGGCUUGGGCAUCAACCUGGCCACGGCAGACACCGUCAUCAUCUACGACUCAGACUGGAACCCUCACAACGAUAUCCAGGCAUUCAGCAGGGCCCACCGUAUAGGUCAGAAUAAGAAGGUGAUGAUCUAUCGCUUUGUGACGCGAGCUAGCGUGGAGGAGCGCAUCACCCAGGUGGCCAAGAGGAAGAUGAUGCUGACCCACCUGGUGGUGAGGCCUGGCCUGGGCUCCAAGACCGGUUCCAUGUCCAAACAGGAGCUGGACGACAUCCUCAAGUUCGGCACCGAGGAGCUCUUCAAGGACGAGAUGGAGGCAGCUGCACGGGCCAUGGGUUCGCAUCAAAAACUCUGUAAGAAUAAUGGGGACAUAAAGGAUGGAGAUGAGGGCAGUGUCAUUCACUAUGAUGACAAUGCCAUCUCCAAGCUGCUGGACCGUAGCCAGAAUGCCACGGAGGACACUGAGAUCCAGAACAUGAACGAAUACCUCAGCUCCUUCAAGGUGGCCCAGUAUGUUGUCAAAGACGAGGACGCAGAGGAGGAGCCCCAGCGGGAGAUCAUUAAGCAGGAGGAGAAUGUGGAUCCAGACUACUGGGAGAAGCUGCUGAGGCACCACUAUGAGCAGCAGCAGGAGGACCUGGCCCGCAACCUGGGCAAAGGCAAACGCAUCCGCAAGCAGGUCAACUACAACGACACGUCUCAGGAGGACCAAGAGUGGCAGGAUGAUCUUUCAGACAAUCAUUCCGAGUACUCCGUGGGGUCCGAGGACGAGGACGAAGAUUUCGAGGAGAGGCCGGAAGGUGGGCGCAGGCAUUCUCGCAGGCAGCUGAAGAGUGACAGGGACAAACCUCUGCCACCCCUGCUGGCACGCGUAGGGGGCAACAUCGAGGUGCUGGGGUUCAACGCCCGUCAGCGGAAGGCCUUCCUCAACGCUAUCAUGCGCUGGGGCAUGCCUCCUCAGGACGCCUUCAACUCUCACUGGCUGGUCAGAGACCUGAGAGGGAAAAGUGAGAAAGAGUUCAGGGCCUACGUGUCCCUGUUCAUGAGACAUCUUUGUGAGCCCGGGGCAGACGGGGCGGAGACCUUUGCAGAUGGGGUUCCACGAGAAGGGCUGUCCCGUCAGCAUGUCCUCACCAGGAUUGGGGUUAUGUCACUGGUCAGGAAAAAGGUCCAGGAGUUUGAGCAUGUGAAUGGGAAAUACAGCACUCCAGACCUGAUCCCUAUUGGACUGGAGCUGAAGAAACUGACUGAGAGUCUGUCCUCUGACCCCAACACCCCCGUCCCUGCUAGCCCUGCUGCCACACCCCAGCCUCCUGGAAGUCCUGUCCCACCAGAGAAGAUGGACUCGAUCUCAGGGCCUGCUGAAGACAAGGAGCCCACAGAACAGGAAUGCAAGAAGCUGCCAGAACUGGAGACUCAUGUUAGUACAGAGUCAUCAUCCCAGGUAGAGAAGACGGACAUCGCUCCUGACAGUGAUGAGACAGAGAAAGGCAGCACAGAGGACAAACCAGUCUCCUCAGAGGAGUGCAGUGAAAUGACAGACAUACCCUCCGCACUGAUAGAGCCAUCCAUCAAUCCUAAAGAGCCUCCAUCCAUACAGACAGAGCUGUUGUCCAAUCAAAGCUCACCAAAAGCGGAGCCCUGUCGAGAGACAGAGAAGUCCUUAGAAAAAGGAGACUGUGAUCCUGCUCCAGCCAAACCUGAGGAGAAGGAACUGAAUCCAGUUGUUUCAGACGAGGCCAAGAGCGAGGACUUGCUCGUGCCCGAGGGACGGCUGAAUGGAGAAAAAGAAGCACAGGAGGAGAUGGAGGAGGUCAGGAGGGAGUUACUGGAGAAGAAUGGUUUCAAGAUGAGGUUCAUGUUCAACAUUGCCGACGGAGGCUUCACAGAGCUGCACACCCUGUGGCAGAACGAGGAGCGGGCUGCCGUGUCAUCUGGGAAGAUGUAUGACAUCUGGCACCGUCGCCACGACUACUGGCUACUGGCUGGCAUCGUAACACAUGGCUAUGCCCGUUGGCAGGACAUUCAGAACGACCCACGCUAUGCCAUCCACAAUGAGCCCUUCAAGACUGAGAUGCACAAGGGAAAUUACCUGGAGAUGAAGAACAAGUUCCUGGCUCGUCGCUUUAAGCUGUUGGAGCAGGCUCUGGUGAUAGAGGAGCAGUUGAGGAGGGCAGCGUACCUGAACAUGACCCAGGACCCCAGCCACCCGGCUAUGGCCCUAAACACUCGCUUUGCUGAGGUGGAGUGUCUGGCUGAGUCUCACCAGCACCUGUCCAAGGAGUCUCUGGCUGGAAACAAGCCAGCCAACGCUGUGCUGCACAAAGGUCUGUCAUCUCCCAGUGUGUACACAGCAGCAGGACUAAAACACUGUCUACAAACUCAAGAUCUGGUACUGAACCAGCUGGAGGAGCUGUUAAGUGACAUGAAGGCGGAUGUGACGCGGCUUCCCAACAUGUUGUCCCGUAUCCCCCCAGUGUCUUCGCGUCUGCAGAUGUCUGAGAGGAGCAUCCUCAGCCGCCUCACCAGCCGCGGCAACGAACCUCCGCCCCAACAGCCGUUCGGCCAGGGCUCAUUUGCCUGUUCCCAGAUGUACAGCACUGGCUUUGGGGGCAGUUUCCGGGGGCCUGCAGGUGAAGCCAUGGUCAACUAUAGCCAGAUGCCCCUGGGACCCUAUGUCAGUGUGUCCAACGGCCCCCCUCCUCCAUCCAGCCACUUGGACAAGAAGUCCUGCGACCACCUGAGGGAUGUCACUACCCCUGACCUUAAGUCAGGCAAGCCCAGUGAUGUUAUCUGUAUUGAAGAUUAGGUAAUCUACUCCAAAACUGAUCUGGAGUCAGCCAAGCCAAGGGAUGUCAACUACUGUAUCAAUGAUUACAGAAUCAACCCGCCAGAGAACUCCUAACUAACCUCUAUGUCUAUGGAUGAUAGGAUAACACUAAGAACAUUACACUGAUGUAUCUGUCUAUCGUAUCAAUUGCACUUCUAUCUUUCAAGGAUUCUUCAACAUACUUUGCAGUAGCUAUUUGCUUUUAUGACUUAGGUUGGUGAGUCAAGCAGAGGAACUGUCUAUUAGGAUGUGAGAGUCAAACGACCUCAUACGCCCCGACCUCUGCUACCUGACAUGUGGAAGCAUGUUCCCCUGCUCAGAUGUUGCAUGCAUCAACAAAUGGUUGGGUGCUACGCCAUCGACUGUGCCAUCGGGCACCACAUGGCUAUACAUAAAAUACCUAUCCAGGGGUUGUAAGAUCUGCCAUGUGUCAGCAACGGCUGGGCAGAGGAACACGACCGUGGUGAUCUUGUAGGAGGACUGGAACUGCCCUGUCUUGGCUACAGGGAGAGCUGGGAAAGUCAAAGUUCACAUGAAGAUGAGCCAGUGGAGCUGCCAAGGCUGCUGUAAUGAGACUUAUCUGUGUCUAUUUAUUCCAUUUAGGCCUGGCUCUGCUCCUUCGUUCUGAGUCUUUUCCUCCUGCGUUCAUCAUUGGCCUAAUUGGCCUAGCUGGAGCUUUGUGCUUUAGCUACAUACAAAUAGAAGGAAAACCACGAAGGCAUAAGUCUCCCCUCCUAGAAUUAUAGAGAUGAUAAGUGGGUGCUCAUACAGCAGCCAAUUCUCUGGUCAAUUGUAGUACAUGUGUUUGUUUUUAUAGUUUCGGGGCAGAGCCUUGAGUUGGAACUUGUAAGAAUAAGAGUGACUUUAAGGAAGGAUAGCUGCACUAUGCCUCAACCCAUAAAGACUGCCAUCUCCCGUCUCUGGAGAAAGGGAUCCUAGUUACAGAGCUAGCUACUAAUAUACUAAGGGUUCCCCCUUGUAAUGUACAUAGUUCAAGAGAGUGCUGUUUAUUUUGCCUUGCAUAAUCAUUGUGAAUUUAAUGCAUACAUGCAUAACAAUGUAACAGGCUGGAUUAGUGCAAAAAGUGACGAUCACAUAGAAGUUACAGAACAUAUCUAACUGUGGUACAGUUUGUAACCAUUUGUACAUUUCAGAAGAGACUCAAGACUAGCCUAUUUCUGCCAAUGGUAUGGUACAUGUAUUUCUUUAACAUUUGAAUGUGAUUAUUGGCUGUUGCCUGCUACACAUACAGCUCCUCCCUCCCUGUUCCAUUUUGAGAAAUGAUAAAUCAAAAAAGUGCUUAUGACUGCGUCCGUCACCUUUUGGCCUCGGUUUCAUGUUUUCCAUGAAAAGUGCUUUAUUGUGUGUUCUUCAUGUUAAGGUAAAGUGUUAUUUCAGUAUUUACUGCUUUAGUGCCACUAAAAGACGGCUGCUCACUCCGUGUCCUGGAUGGCUAACGUCCCAGAUUGUAUGCUGAUAAUCUUAGACUUUGGUGAAAAUGUUUUCAUUAAGAAGUGAGGGCAGUGGUGGAAUUAUCAUGUUGGAAUUCAUCAUCUAUAGAUUAGAAUCUUCAUAGAUAUUAGCCAUCAAGGAACAUGGUUGGAGAGCAUUGCAGAAAAAGUAUCUAAACGUAUUUUUAUGUUUCUUUUUAUAUAUGGGUUCCUUGGAAGAGAACUGUUUAUUGCAUUGCGUGUUGUGAGGACUAAACUGUAUCAGAGCGACAGCAUGGAUUCACUUGACAAUACUGUUUACUCCAUCUGUCUGCUAAUGUGAUUGUCCAAAGUGAAACUACUGUUUUAUGUGUUUAAUGAGACUUCAUUUGUUCAGAUUUUUCAAGAAUGUGUGUAUUCAAUUUUCUCAUUUCAAUGUUUGCUCUUAUUUUUCUCUCAAAGAGUAGAGGCAUUACCUAUUUGUAUUGUUUUUAAUGACAGGGCUAUAGCACUUAUAGUAUGUGGAGGUUUUGAGAAAGAAAUUGUGAAUGGACCAUCCUGAACUGAAGAGAUUCCUGUAUAAAGGGUCUGAUUGUAGCUCUGCUCUGUCGGCUUUUUAUAUGAAUCUCCUGAGGUGCUCUGUCAUGCCCUCUGUUGGCUGGAAUGUGUAACUACAUAUUGUUUCAGGUGUUGAUCCCAAAUGGACCGCUAAGCCCUACUCCCUAUGCACCUGUGGAGGUCUGAGAGGAUUUUAAUGGUAUAAGCAACAUGGCAAGACGUCCACAUAGUGUAUCAUAGGGCAAGGUGGAGCUAUAACCAUAUUGCUUACAUCAAAUCCUCUUAAGAUCUCCCAAGGGAAUAGGGCGUACUGUAGGUCUUAAGGCUCCAUUUGGGAUUGGGCCACUGUCUUCUCAGACAAAGCACUUCACCUGAAGUUUAGAUAGGAAUUUCAACAAAUAGGGCACAUAUCAGUUCGUAAGCUAUUAUUUUGCACUCAAUUGAGUGCGUGUUUAUCAGUGAUGUUCUGUCCAUGGAGAGUGAAGUCCCAGUGUUUCUGUUCAGCCUGUUACUCCAUUUGUAAGUCAUGUGAGGGUCCCUGUGUGAACUAAAGUGUUGCUUUGGAUGGUUUGGACAAGACCCACACCUUGUCAUACAUUGGAAUUGUGUCACUGGACAGAAGCAAAUAGCAAUGCUAUGUAAAUACUAAGAUUUCCAGUGUUUUGUCUCUCUCAUACUCUUAUCGAUCAUGUACCUAACUAUACUGAAAAAAAUAUAAACUCAACAUGCAACAAUUUAAAAUAUUUUACUGAGUUACAAUUCAUAUAAGGAAAUCAGUCAAUUGAAAUGAAUUAAUUAGGCCCUAGUCUAUGGAUUUCACAUGACUGGGCAGGGUUGUAGCCAUGAGUGAGCCUGGUUGGCAGCCAGGCCCAGCCAAUCACAUGACCAGGCCCACCCAUUGGGGAGCCAGGCCCAGCCAAUCAGAAUGAGUUUUUCCCCACAAAAGGGUUUCUCCCCCCCUGUACUGGACGUGGUUUGCGGUUGUGAGGCCGGUUGGACGUACUGCCAAAUUCUCUAAAACGACGUAGGUGGCAGCUAAUGGUAGAGAAAUGAACAUUCAAUUCUCUGGCAACAGCUCUGGUGGACAUUCCUGCAGUCAGCAUGUCAAUUGCACGCUUCCUCAAAACUUGAGACAUCUGUGACAUUGUGUUGUGUGACAAAACUGCACAUUUUAAAGUGGCCUUUUAUUGUCCCCAGCACAAGGUGCACUUGUGUAAUGAGCGUGCUGUUUAAUCAGCUUCUUGAUAUGCCACCCCUGUCAGGUGGAUGGAUUAUAUUGGCAAAGGAGACAUGCUUCCUAAUAGGGAUGUAAAAACAAUUGUGCACAAAAUUAGAGAGAAAUAAGCUUAUGGUAUGGAACAUUUUUGGGAUCUUUUAUUUCUGCUCAUGAAACAUGGGACCAACAUUUUACAUGUUGCAUUUAUAUUUUUGUUCAGUGUUCAUAGUAUGCGUGAGAGAAAAUGAAUGUUGCAGGGUAGUUGCCAUAGAACUGCAAUGUGCACACAGAAUGUGUUCAAUCAAAUCCACGUCUGUUUCCUUACGGAGUGCGGAAGUGACUGAAAUCAAAUUGUUUAAAUUCAAUGCAAUCAAACUGAAGUCAGUAUGAAUGUAAUGUGUAUGUAAGAAGGCUUCAGUCUAAUAUUAUAAAUAUAUUUACGGUACAUGUACAUGCUUAUAAACAAGGCUUCAAAAAGCUACCAAAAGACCGUGGUAAAGGCACCUUUGUUGCGGAGAAUGCACAGCAUGUGAAAUGUUUUGUAUGAAGGUUCACUUUGGUAAAGAAAGAGAUGGUUGCUCUGCGUAGCUAGCUUUGAGAGAGCUAUUGAAUUCAAGCAGUGUUAUUAUAAUGGUACAGAUGUUUGUGCUAAAUUGCAAAUCAAUGAAAAAAAGUUAAUUGUAAUCUUUUACUUUGUACUUUGUGUAUUUGUUCAAUGUAUUUUAAUAAAUCCUCUCAACAACAA